UACGUGUAUUGCGUAGUUCACAAACCGGGUUACCGUCAUAACCUCAAAUGUGAGAGAUUGCACGCCGUGUUGAUAGCGCCGUGGAGGGGGUAGCGGGCUAGGAGAAAGCAGCUGGACGGAGCAACUCGCAGCUCGCACUCCGGCAGCGAUGGCCAAGGCGCGAGGCAGGAGGCAGCUGUGGCCGGCUGUUGCGCCCCUCUACCACCAGGAGCGCUACCAGUUCACCCCAGCGCUGCAGACGCCAGCCUACAACCAGCUCGGAGCGCUGUGGCUGCCGUGGCUGCUGGCGGCGGGACUGGCCACCACCAACUACCAGCAGGCGCCGCGCCAGGGCCUCACGGAGCUGUACCGCUGGAAGCAGGUGGACCUGCAGUACCCCAGCCCGCAGGAGCACGCCGCGGCGCUGUCCUCCGGGGAGUUUGUGCCCGCCAACAACCUGCCCCUGGGGCUGGACUGCUGGGGGGACCGCGUGUUCCUGACGCUCCCUCGCUGGAAGCCCACGGGGGUGCCCGUCACCCUAGCCACGGUGCCCCGGUCCGGUGGCGGGGAGUCCCCGCCGCUCCGCCCCUAUCCCAGCUGGGCGUGGCACAGGGGUCCCGGCUGCGAACGCCUCACCUCCGUCUUCCGCGUCAACGUGGACCCGUGCGGCCGGCUGUGGGUGCUGGACUCUGGCCUGGAGGACGUGGCCUCCGGGUCGCCGCGCCAGCGCUGCCCGCCGCAGCUGCUCGUCUUCGACCUGGCCACCGACACCCUCUUGCACAGGUACCGCCUGCCCCGGGAGCAGGUGAAGGAGGGCUCGCUGUUCAGCAACGUGGUCGUCGACGUGCGAGCCGGCCGCUGCGACGACGCCCACGCCUACCUCGCCGACGUGUGGCGCUUCGCGCUGGUGGUGUACCGCCUGCGGGACGACACCUCGUGGCGGGUCGACCACCCGCUCUUCUUCCCCGAGCCGGCGAGCUGCCGCUACGACGUGCACGGCCUGGUGUUCCGCUGGACGGACGGCGUGUUCGGCCUGGGGCUGUCGCCGGAGGAGCGCGGGGACCGCACCUUGUUCUUCCACGCCAUGUCGAGCGGGCGGGAGUGCGCCGUGCCCGCCUCGGUGCUGAGGAACCAGUCCGCCGUGGACGAGAUGGGGGACCUCUUCGCGCAGCUGGGCGAGCCGCGCUACCCGGACAGGGCGCAGGCCUCCGCCUCGGGCGUGGACCGCCGCGGCGUGCUCUUCUACAACCUGGUGAGCCGGGAUGCCGUGGGCUGCUGGAACACCCGCCAGCCCCGCGGCCACGUGGCCGACCUGCAGGGCGUCGUGGCCGCAGACGGCGAGGCGCUGCGCUUCCCCAACGACCUCAAGGUGGACCACGGAGAGCGCCAGGCCGUCUGGGUGCUCAGCAACAGGCUGCACCAGUUCCUGUACGCGGAGCUCGACCCCGCAGAGCACAACUUCAGGGUGCUGACUGGCUGGGCGGACGAGCUGACCCGGGACACCGUGUGCGACCCGGACUACGUGGACGUGCCCCCUCGGGAGGACCUCGCCCCCCGGCUGGUGUGCCCCGUCUAGACCUCCUAUCUCAGGUGUGCUGAUCUCCUAGUCCAUCGGCACAACCUGAUUAUCCUAGCUGGGCACCGUAGGGUCACGCUCUCAUAGAGGCCCAAUCAGGAACACGGCGCGAGGUUUGCAUUCUAACAUGCGAUUAAAUGAUUCCUAGGAAUUUCCGUAUCUCUAAACUUAAAUCAUUGUUAGGGGCAUGCAUUUUUCGCGAAAUAAUAUGCUCACUCAUUAGACUGCAACAAGGUAUACCCUCUCUAGCGACUGCUCCCUUGUGAUUGGCCGCCGUCUGCGAGAGGAAGACAUCGCCCUGUCUGGCCGGGCCAUUCAGCACUGGAUGGCUGUGAUUGGUGCGCCUACAGUACACCUGCACCUUGAAUAAACCCAGUCAACCGCGAGACACAGACAAUGCUACAGAGUUUUAAGACACAGCUGGUGGGGAACAUCUUUUCGCGAAAAUUACAAGGUCCUACUCAUUGUUGCUAUUCUUAGGAGAUGUAACAGUUUCAAACGAAUGCAGUAUUCGUCACCUUAAAUAAGGUGGCCAUAGUGAUUUAAACCACCCGUCGGUUAGAUUUUGCCAGUCAACCGACUUGACCAAGGAUUUUCCAGCCCUAAAUUUUAUGCAUCAAUAGAAACCUUAUACAAAUUCACGGAUUUGUUUCAAGAUAGUCUAAAAUUAAAACAGUUAUACCCUAGUGCUGCCUCUGCUAUUGCCUCACAGAUGGGACAGUGAGCAACACUCGACCAAAGCUGUAUGGAAUCGCAGGCUGCUACGUUGGGACGUCUCACAAGACAGAAGCCAAUGAGAGGGGAAAUGUGGAAAUGUGGAGUCCAUCCCGGGGGCCAUUGAACCAGCGAAUUAUUCCAUUCCCUAAAGAUAAUGUUGUAAUGUAUACAUAUCCAUUGCUUUGACGAUUGAAUCGUAAUUGUUCGGACACUCCCCUACACGACUUUGGGCCAGUCAAAUGCCAGCUAGCAGUGGAGAGGCCCAAUCACAACCACCUACUACAAAUAAGGAGGGGGAGGGGGGAAGGGUCCCUACAGUAAGGAGUCAGCGAAUGUGUAGGAACUGGCAAAUACAGCACGUUCAGUGACAUUUAGAAUGGACUGCAAAAAUAACAUGUGCACUCGGGGAAAAUUACUCACGCUCAUUGGCUACUGAUUCACAAGACCAAUUAAUUAACUGGGCUGCUAGCUGUUUGCUACUUCUUUCGUUGAAGGUUAUGCAUCGUCUCAGAGUCCUUCAACUUGACUGUGGCCCAGUCAUAGCAGUUUGUAUUCUAACCUAUCCCAAAACGAAUCUACGAAUUGUUCAGGUCUCCACCAAUAUGAACACAUGUGUUGGUGGAGUACGUAUAAAUAGUGCAGUGAAUUUUAGGCUGACAACAAAUGAAUCCACGAAAUUUCCGUGUCCCUGAUUGUAUAUAAACAUCCCCCCCCCCCCCCC